UCGGGCUGUGGUGCCGAGGGUCGUGGACGGCGGUGCGCGCUGACGCUGGAGCAGUGGGACGCGGUUAGUGGUAACAGCAGUUUCAUUGCCUGCGAGCAUGGAGCGCGAUGUCACACAGCGGCGGGACACCGAUGCGGCGGGACGCCCGAGCGGCACUGUCAUGUGGCGGCGAGCAAGACGCACGGCCUGAGCUCUCGUGCGCCCCGCCCCGCCCCAUCUCCACAGCGCGAGCGCAACAUGACGGGACGCGUCCUGGUGGUGGGCCACGUCUGCAUCGACAUCAUCAACUACCUGCACCGCUUCCCUGAGGAGGACACGGACGUGGGCAGCAGUUCGGCCCAGGAGGCGCUCGGCGGCGGCGGCAACCGAUGCCUGGACCAGCAGUGGCAGAGGGGUGGCAACGCCUCCAACACGGCCACUGUGCUCUCGCUGCUGGGCGCCGAUGCAGAGUUCCUCGGCUCCAUCCCCAAAGGUAGCUUGUGCCGGUUCAUCGAGGACGGCUUUGGAGCGGACAGCGUCGCGAUUUCGCACUGUCCGCGAUUCGAGGCGCAGACGCCCACCUCCUGUGUCAUCGUGAGCCAGGAGACGGGCACGCGCACCAUCAUCCACAGCAACCGAGACCUGCCCGAGGUGCCGGCCGAGCUCGUGCGCUCACUGCCGUUAGCCGAGUAUGACUGGAUCCACUUCGAGGGCCGAAACAUUAACAACGUGAAGCUGAUGAUUGAAUAUAUUCGGGCGGAGCGAGACAUGAUGAAGCACAAGCUGACAAUCUCAGUGGAACUGGAAAAGCCCGGCAGAAAGGAGCUGGAGGUGCUGCUCUCCCUGGGAGACGUGAUCUUUGUAUCAAAAGAUUAUGCCAAGGCUAACGGGUUCUCGGACAUGGAGACCACUGUAAGGGACCUGAAGAAGAGGACACCCCCGGGGUCGGUGCUCAUCUGUCCGUGGGGUGAGGUGGGCGCGGCCGCCUGUCUGCCGGACGGCUCGGUGGUCAGUUGCGAUGCGCACAGCCCACCAUCUGUCGUCGACACGCUCGGCGCCGGCGACACGUUCAUUGCUGCUGCCAUCUGGCGGCUGCGGCGGGGUGAUGAUGUGCUGUCGGCCGUGCGGGCGGCCUGCAGGGUAGCCGGGGUUAAGGUCGGCGUCAGGGGCUUCCAGUGCCUGCGGCAGCAGCUGGAGAGCGCUGGUCAGCUGCUGAACUGAUGCACACGCAGCUAGGCGCAGAUUACAGUGGCCACCAGUGUGAUCGACUAGUGCCGAAAACGUCGGGCCACUCAGACCACG